UGAAUUUACUCAGUACCACCAGGAAAACCAGGAGAAUAUGGAGUCCAGCACGAAGAGAAGAAAGUUGUCGGACGACAAUUACGAAGCCGUCCCUCCUAGUACUGAAAAGCCAAAUACCCAAGAAAUCGCUACUUCUAAAGAGCAGCGAAACUCACUUUUCGUCCGCUCUCUCCCUGCCUCCGUCACCACAGAAAGACUCGCCGAGCACUUCUCGCAGUCAUUCCCUCUGAAACAUGCCGUCGUAGUGGUUGACCACGAGACAAAGAUUUCGAAAGGGUUCGGUUUUGUGACCUUUGCCGAUGCCGAAGACGCUCAGGCCGCAAUCGAACAGUUCAACAACACCACACUAGAUGGCAGAAAGAUCAAAGUGGAGGCUGCGUUAUCCAGACACAGAGAAACCGAGGAAGGCUUGAAGAGCAGUGAGAAUCGAACCGCAGCAGAACUGCGAGCACAGCGCGAAAAGGAACGGGCGCAGGUACAACAACCAAGGUUGAUUGUGAGGAAUUUGCCGUGGAGCAUCAAGACUGGAGAUGACCUGGCGUUACUUUUCCGCAGUUAUGGAAAGGUCAAACAUGCAGUUGUCCCACAAAAAGGUCCUCGAGUACAAUAUGGCUUUGGCAUCGUGGUGCUGAGAGGCAAGAAGAAUGCCGAGCGUGCAAUUGCCGGCGUCAAUGGGAAAGAGGUGGAUGGCAGGACGCUUGCAGUUGAUUGGGCAGUCGACAAGGAAACUUGGGAGCAACAACAAAAGCAACAGCAGAAUGACUCGGAAACGGCAGUCCAAGCAGCAGAGCAGGAUGCGACUGCAAAGACGGCGUCUGACAGCGCUGAGGAUUCUGACGGUAUCGAGGAUAUUGACAAUGAUGGUAAUUCCGAAGAUGAAUUGGAUGACGAGAUCAUGGACGACGUUGAGGGAGUGGGUUCAGAAGAAGAGGGUUCUGAAAACCAAUCGUCGCUGGACGAAGCCAGCGAGGACGAGGAACAGCACGACCCGAGAAACGACAGCACGAUUUUCAUCCGAAACCUACCUUUCACAGCAGAUGAUGACAGCCUCAAAGAACACUUUUCCUUAUUUGGUCCUGUCCGAUAUGCACGUGUUGUGUAUGAUCCGGAGACAGAACGUUCCAGGGGUACUGCCUUUGUCUGCUUUUACAAGGUCGACGAUGCGAAGGCUUGCGUUAAGGACGCACCGAAGCCUCCAUCCGCGACGCCUGUCAAUGACAAUGACAAGAAGCGCAAAGGAGAAGCAGUGAAGCACUCGAUUCUCCAGAAUGAAGCUACAGAUCCAUCGGGUCGGUACACGCUUGAAGGUCGCGUUUUGCAAGUGUCGAGGGCACUUAGCAGAGGAGACGCGAAUAGGAGAGCCGCCGAGGCAAGUGAGAAGAGAGAUAUCCGCGACCGAGACAAGCGCCGACUUUAUUUGUUGUCGGAAGGGUCGAUUCCCAGGGGGUCCAAAUUGUACGAGUUGCUAGGGAAGCCGGAAAUCGACAUUCGCGAAAGCAGCGCUCGUCAACGACAGAGCAUCAUCAAGAACAACCCCAACCUGUGCUUGAGUCUGACGCGAUUGAGUGUGAGGAACCUGCCGAGAAGCAUCGACAGCAAACAACUCAAAGCUCUGGCUCGAGAAGCGGUCGUGGGCUUCGCCAAAGAUGUCAAGGCCGGUCUUCGACAGGCUCUGAGCAAGGAGGAGCUCCGCCGGGAAGGUGACGAGAUGAAGGAGGCAGAACGGCAGCGGAGGUUUGCCGGCAAGGGUAUCGUCAAACAAGCCAAGGUCGUCUUUGAAGAUCAAAAGGGGACCAAGGUCCACGACGGCGCGGGCAGAAGUCGAGGGUACGGGUUCAUCGAGUACGCCAGCCACCGCAACGCCCUGGCCGGGCUGCGCUGGCUCAACGGACACAUGGUGAAGUCGUCCGACGGGGAGCGGGGGAAGAGACUGAUUGUCGAGUUCGCCAUCGAAAACGCCCAGGUCAUUCAGCGACGCAAUGAGAAGGAGCGCAGGUUCAAGGAGAACAGGGGGAAGAAGGUGCACGAGAAUGGACGAGGUGACGAGAACCGGCGCGACGGGUCGGCCAAGGAGGGCAAGGGCAAGAAAAGGAAGCAGCGUGAUGGUGAAGGAGGAGAAGGAGAAAAGGAAAAGAAGACCACCGGCAACGCUGUCGACGGGGAAGAAAAGAACAGCCUUGCAAAGAGGAAUCGUAUCAUAGCAAAGAAGCGACAGGCCAGGAAGAACCGAAAGGGUUGAUUUGGGGAUAUAGGAAGCUAAAUAGAUGGAACAAGUCAUGACGACUGGUCUGUCACAAUCUGU